UGCAGCCGCCAUGCAGCCCGAGUGGAUCUGCACGCUGACACAGCCACCGUUUCUCAUCGGCUCCCCGGCGCAACAGUUCCUGGGCGACUACUUUGCCGACGGGAUUGGGAUCAGCCCUUCCUCCGAGGGCCCCAAGGCUCCCGAGAAAAGCACGCGGCAACAAAAUGGCAACAGUGAUACGACCACCACCAGCACCUCUGAAUGCUAUGUUGAGCCAGGGCAGCUGGCGCAGCUUCUGCAACCUUUCUACCGGCCUGGAGAGCAGGGCAAGGCUUCCACCCGGACAUAA